CUCGACAGCUGCUCCUMAAAAAUACCAUUAUGUCUCUGAAAUACCGGACUUUUGUUACGAUGAAAUACAUGGAAUACAAGUACAAGUACGUACCUUACGUACAUUUAUUUUCAUCGCAAGGAUUCACGUACCGGUAUGCAUCUGAUAACCACGGUAACGUGGGGGUUCUCGUAUGUUGUCCGGCACUAUGAUGGUCGUAAGGUAGCUUCCUUGACGAUAGGGGAACCUCUGUGCGGUACAUCGAGAAGAUUCUUUUGUGAUGACUUGUGACUGGUGACCCUGUUGAAGAUGCCUUCCGAUUUGUGGAUUAGGGUUCACUAAUUUCGCAGAUCACAUUGCACGCCGAAAGCUUCUUGUUGUUAUUCUGGUGAUUGUUACCAAGCACACGUUCGUAGUGCGCAUGGAURUUCUUGAACAUCACGAGUGGCCGUCGGCGAUGGAGCAGACGRCCGGYCGGACACAGGUCUUGAACACUUGYCCCGGAGUACAGGGUUCGUUUCGGAGUGUACAACACAAACUGUGAAGCCAACUGUGCAACCUGUCUUUGGGGAGAGACGACAUUUCGAAGCCUUUGUGGGAAUGCGGAUCUCGUCCAGGAGUUUACGAGUCUUCAACAUGCGUGUUUGACCUGUCGGUGAAGGCAGACGAUAGGCCACACACACACACACAUUUGGAAGCCUUGUACCGGAGUGCAUGCUUUGUUUCGGAGCGUGUUGCGUUGUGCCUUGCGCACUGCAGCAGACAAAUCCAUUGGAGGCACGGGAUUGCAUCAAACGGCUGGGACACGGCUCCGAAUGCCGUGCAUCGAGUGUUGUGGAGGGGAGUGGGACUCGGUCCACGAGCAGCAGCAAUGGCUGGGACGGUGGUUCGCUGGGCAACGGACGAGACCGGUGGGGGGGGGGAAAGACCGUGCGGGGUUCGCGGGUGAACGGCACCGAAACGCUUGCGUACACCGUCGAGAUCCGUCCAUGGUGGACGCCAUUGUUAAACCCGCACUUCCAGAGAAUUCUUCUGUUGUUUGUUCCAACGUAAAAGGAAAGCAUACCUGAAAGUUUUGUCGUAUGAAUAUCUUCUCUACUAUGAAUCCGUCGAAGUUGACGCACAUAAUAUCACUACUAUUAUAAUAUUAGCAUUCGUAUGUCAUUGCGUAAUCCACUUAUGAAAC